GGUGGUAACAACCCGGAGGGGCAUUGCUUUGCUUGCUCUAUUGCUAUUGCUGUGUUCUUGACUGUAGCACAUGUAAUCCGAGCUGCACAUGAUUCAUCAUCGUCACCUGCGUUUCGUGGCAUCACUCUGCGGUCAAUGAUAUCGUCUACAAUUUCAGCAAUCAUGGUGACAGUGAGCAUUGUUCGAAACAAGGAUAAGGACGUAUUAGAAACAGUGAAAGUGUUAUUUGCCACUUAGUGGGUGCGAUCUUGCAAGCUCGCCCAGGAUCGUCGCUCUAUCUUGCAGGUUUGGAAAGGUUGUCAAUAGUGCUUGACUCACACGCUUUUCGUCUUCAAUUUCUACCAUUUGAUGUGUCUGCAGCUCUCCUGAUCUCUACAGCUCUCGUUAUGCGAUAAUCCAUUGAGUUUUGAUGUCAAGAAGCAGUGUUCUGUAGUAUGCAGCUCUUACCGGGAUUUGCGG